AUGGAGGUGGCAACGGAAGCGACCUCUGCAGCGAUUGCUGCCGCUGCGUCGGCUAUUGUGGUGUACCCUCUAGACACGAUUCUCGUGCGCUAUCAGGCGUCUAGCCGCCGGAAACUGACUGACCCGUACACGGCUGCCGCGCAUCUCCAAAGCGGCCACAAAGAGCUGGUCAACAUCAUCUGGGAACUCAUCCGCGAAAGGCCCGCCGACGACGCUCGCGACCUCUCGCCACACAAAAAGCUUUCGCUGUCCGCGCAGAAAGCCGCUGACGCCUACGCAGCUCCGGAGGACGUGAUCGUCGACCUCCUCGACACGCUGCGGAAGCUUUACAAAGGCGUCGGCGUCAAGGUCUUCGAAGCCGUUGUCAGGAAUGUCGUGUACUUCAUCUGGUACAAGCUCUUGAAGGAGGCCUACGACCGUCGCGGAACCAAGCAGACCGUCGCCUCACGGCUGAUGCUCGCGACGGCGGCCGCGGUGAUCAAUCAGUGCUGCACGGCGCCCCUGGAAGUCGUCUCGACCAACGUGCAGACGACCGGCCUCAACUACAGAUACGUCAUCAGGAAGAUCUUCCGCAGAGAAGGCCUCCGCGGGUUUUACCGUGGGUUCGCUGCCUCUCUGAUCCUCUGCUCCAAUCCGGCCAUCACCAAUGCCUGCUUCGACCGGCUCAAACUGUUGCUGCAGGUCGUCGUGGAGAAACAGGCUCGUAGGAACAUCGAUCCGAUCUUAGACGAGGAAACGCCGCUCGACACAAGUCGCCGCCUCCUGCCGCUCACGUCUACGCAAGCGUUUCUGUUGGGAGCGCUUUCCAAGGCGCUUGCAACGGUCGUCACAUAUCCUUACAUCCGCUCGAAAGUUCUCUUGCAUGUUCAGUGCACAGGCGCUUCAAGUCAUCACGAGGCGAGUAGCCCGGAGUCCUCUCGCAGCCCGACGCCAGAAGGCCUACUCAGCGUCACCCCUCCGGCCGCAGGCGAGAAUCAGAGCACCGUCAGUCCGGCGCUCAGUCCGCUCGCGGGCAGUCCGCUGGGGACACGGUGCGAGAGCGAGGGAGGAGAAGACUCUGUUUCGUCGCUGCGCUAUUCGCCUUCCUCCCCCCUGUACCCCCCACCCCCUGUCCACCGCACACCGCUGCGCAAGGCACCGUCCUCUUCCUGCCUGUCUUCUUGCUCUUCUUUCUUGCAUACGGGCACUUUGGGCUCUGCCGCAGGGCUCUCAGGUUCCUCCUCGUCGGGCGCCGCGGCCUCGCCGCGGCUGGGCCUUUCUGCCUCGUGUGGGGCGAUCUCCAGGCUGCCGGCACGAGCGCAGCCGGGGGAGCAGAGUCCUGGACGCCCACAGAGCCACGACGCCGUCGCAGGCGCCGCCCGCGCAGGUCGCGCCGCAGACAAACGCGCCAAGCGCCAGCCGACCCCCGAGAUGCUUCCUGGGAUCUUCGUCGACCCCAAUGACAUGCUGAAAGCUGCUUCGUUCUGCCUCUCAGACAAGGUCGAAUCUCCAGGCGUCGUCGGUGACGGCAAGUAUCAUGCGUUCGACCUGCGGACGGGCGACGAAGUCAUCGCGCCGCGUUCCCACGCAGAGCGCGAAACGGGGAUUGUCGCCUUCAUGAUUUCGACUCUGGCGCAAGAGGGCCUUCUGGGGCUGUACCGCGGCCUCGGGCUGCAGCUCUGCAAGACUUUGAUCGCCUCCGCCAUCCUCUACAUGAUCAAGGAACGCGUGACAAACAGCACCUACCACGUAGGGCUCCUCGGACUGCCGCCCCCAGCGCGGCGAAACGAACGCCGGACUGAGGGGCGCAUGUCCCUAUACCUGUGA